AUGUCUUCUCCACCUCUCGAUUUUCCAUCGGACGAUGGUACUCAGAAUGGUACACCUCGCUCGACCCGCACCACGCGGUCGGCUUCUCGGCCACAGCAGACGCCGUCGCGUGGACCGAGGCAACAACUCUUUUCGCCUGGAACGCCAUCGGCGGCAGGCACACCACAAGGUUCCCAGGCUCAGCAGACUCCCUCGCGACGCGGCGCCGAUCCCUUAUUUCUUGCGGGUACGCCAUCUGCAGCAGGAACACCCGCCGGAUCGGUGGUUGCGCGGCGAAACUUGGGUCUUGAAUCGCGGACACCACGACGCACCCCGCAGGCUGCGCGAUCAUCUAGUCCAGUCAACUACUCUUCCCCGACCAAGACGCCUGUCAGGCGCCCACCUGCAAGUCGAGUCCAGGGUCUAAACUUCAACGGGCCGAGCUCAGAUGCCGGCUCUGAGCCACUCGAAUUCCCGUCGAGUCCGGCGGUACCAACCCGAACUCGUGCUAUCGGAAGCCGUCGUGGCGAUAUCCAUCCGACAAUCGACAUGUCUCCCGCUCGUCUCCAGGCCGUACACUCUCCUCGUCGAGAUGGGGCCAGCCGCCCGCCUCCCUCAUCUGACAAUCCGUUUAUGGAGACGGACCAACCCCAACUCACAGAGGCGGGUGAACCUACCGACGAGCCUGACGAAAUCCGCGCGAUCUGGGGUACAACCAUCAAUAUCUUCGAGUCGAUGAAGCUGUUCCGCGAGUUCUUGCGUGGUUUCAAACGCAAAUAUCGAGUCGCGCACGAUCGCGCCCUUGGCCUCCCUACCCGACCUUUCUCGUCACCUGAGGAAGGAGAGGAGGUCUUGUACGAGUCGUACAUGCGUCGCAUGCGCCAGACCGGCGAGACGAACCUGAACCUCGAUAUCGUCAAUUUACUUGCGUUCCCUCCCUCGAAGAAGCUUCACAGCCACAUCAUCAAGUGGCCGCAGGAGAUUAUACCUCUUAUGGAUCAGAUGCUUAAGGAGCAUAUGGAGGAAGUCACGCAGGCUGACCUGCUUUCCGGCCGCGACGGCUAUACCGAGGCGGAUGCGCAGGAGGACUUGAGAGACAUCGGCGCGCUCGUGUACAAGGUCAGACCCUUUGGUCUGCCUUCAGUCAACAUGCGCAGUCUCAAUCCCGGCGACACGGACAAGCUCGUUUGCAUCAAAGGUCUUGUUAUCCGCGCAACACCGGUCAUCCCGGACAUGAAGCAAGCCUUCUUCCGUUGCACAAACUGCAACCACACCGUACAAGUCGAAAUCGACCGCGGCAAGAUCGAAGAACCCAGCGCAUGUGCCGCUGAGGCAUGCCAAGCCGUCGGCACGAUGUCCCUCAUACACAACCGCUGUGAAUACGCGGAUCGCCAAGUUAUCCGCCUGCAAGAGACGCCAGACGCCGUUCCCGAUGGUCAGACACCGCACACCGUCACACUCAGCGUAUACGACGAGCUCGUCGACGUGAGCAAGCCUGGUGACCGCCUCAUCGUCACCGGCGUCUUCCGUUCCGUGCCUGUUCGCGUCAACCCUCGCCAGCGCACCAUCAAGAGCUUGUUCCGGACUUAUCUUGACGUUGUACACCUUCGCAUUGGCCACGACGAUCGCCUUGGAUUCGAUAAGUCCACUCGACCGACCUUGGGUGACCGCAUGCCGGGUGUCGGCGGUGUCGGAGGCUUCGACGAGGAGGAGGAGCGUGAUGGUCAGGGCACUCGCCGCGAAGAGCUGGAGGCGAGGCUUGUGGAACUCAGCCAGCGACCCGAUAUCUACGAUCUGCUCUCGCGUUCACUCUCCCCUAGCGUAUGGUCCAUGGAUGAUGUUAAGAAAGGUAUCCUGCUGCAGCUCUUCGGUGGCACCAACAAGAGCAUCGCUCGUGGAGGCGGCGGUGGCGGUCCCCGUUAUCGUGGCGACAUCAACGUUCUGCUUGUCGGCGAUCCCGGUACAUCAAAGUCACAGCUUCUCCAUCAUGUUCACAAGCUUGCGCCGCGUGGGGUGUACACCUCAGGCAAGGGCUCUUCUGCGGUCGGUCUGACCGCGUAUGUCACCCGCGACCCGGAUACUAAACAGCUAGUGCUUGAGAGUGGCGCCCUUGUUCUCUCGGAUGGUGGUGUCUGUUGUAUCGAUGAGUUCGAUAAGAUGUCCGAGGCGACACGGAGUGUUCUCCACGAAGUCAUGGAGCAGCAGACGGUAUCUAUCGCGAAGGCCGGGAUCAUCACGACAUUGAAUGCGCGUACUUCGAUAUUGGCCGCUGCCAACCCAGUCGGUUCGCGAUAUGAUGUCAACCUGCCCGUCACUCGGAACAUCGACCUGCCGCCGACCCUGAUCUCGCGUUUCGACCUCCUAUACCUGGUCCUCGAUCAGGUCGAUGAGGUCACAGACCGCAGGCUAGCUCAACAUAUGGUUGGACUCUAUCUUGAGGAUAUGCCGGAUACUGGUGGCCAGGACGUUCUGCCCUUGAAAGAGCUGUCAGCAUAUAUCACCUACGCUCGCUCGCGUAUCCAUCCAACAAUCUCCGAGGAGGCCGGAGAAGAACUGGUGAAGUGCUACGUCAAGCUACGAAGCGUGGGCGCGGACCCGCGUGCAGCCGAGAAACGUAUCACGGCGACGACACGGCAACUCGAAUCCAUGAUUCGUUUGUCCGAGGCGCACGCACGCAUGCGGUUCUCACCGACAGUUGAGCUGGAAGACGUACAGGAGUCAUACCGGCUGAUGCGUGAUGCCAUCCGUACCUCGGCGCUGGACCCUACGACUGGCAAGAUCGAUAUGGGCAUGCUCAAUACCGGUACGGGUGCACAGCAGCGCAGGCUGCGCGACGAUAUGCGCAAGGCGCUACUGGAUAUGCUCGCUGCCAAUGGUGGGACUCGUGGCGUGCGCUGGGCGGACGCUGUUACGCAGCUCGCGAACCAAAGCAGUAUCAACGUUGACGCAAAUGAGUUCAAGCAAGUAAUCACCGCGCUGGAGAAUGAGGGCUUGGUGAAGGUAGUUGGCGAGCGCGAGCGUCGCACCAUCAGGCGUGUUGAAGCGUAG